CCAUUAUUGAAGACAAUUAAAAAAAGAGCAAUAUUCCUGAACCCAUCGAUCCUCUCUUUAAACAUUUUCAUAGUGCAGAUAUUCAGGCAUCUGAAGUUGGGGAAUAUGAGGAAGAAGCACACAUAACAUUUGCUAUGUUGGAUGCAGUUGAUGGGAAAACUGAAGAUGCCAUGUCAGCAUUUGAAGCAAUAAAAAAUGUUGUUUCCUAUUGGAAUCUUGCCCUGAUUUUUCAUAGGAAAGCAGAAGACAUUGAGAAUGAUGCCCUUUCCCCAGAAGAACGAGAAGAAUGCAAAAACUACUUGAGGAAAACUAGAGACUACUUAAUAAAAAUUUCAGAUGAAAGUUGCACAGAUCCUGCUGUAGCUAAAAAGCUUCCAGUUCCUUUGGAGUCUGUAAAAGAGAUGCUUAAUUCAGUAAUGCAAGAACUUGAAGAAUAUAGUGAAGGAGGACCUCAUUGUAAAAAUGGUUCGCCCCGAAAUAUAGAUUCUGAUAUAAAACAUUCUAUACCAUCUCCAACCAAAUUUUCUUUAUCACCAAGUAAAAGUUACAAGUUUUCUCCUAAAACUCCUCCUCGAUGGGCAGAAGAUCAAAAUUCUUUAUUGAAAAUGAUCUGCCAACAAGUAGAAGCCAUUAAGAAAGAAAUGCAUGAGUUGAAGCUAAACAGUAGUAAUUCUAUGUCUCCACAUCGUUGGCCUGCAGAAGCCUAUGGAACAGAUUCAGUGCCUGAUGGGUAUCAGGGAUCACAAAAUUACCAUGGAGCUCCACUAACAGUUGCAACUACUGGCCCUUCAGUGUAUUACAGUCAGUCACCAGCAUAUAAUUCCCAGUAUCUUCUCAGAACAACAGCUAAUGUUACACCGACAAAGGCUCCAGUUUAUGGCAUGAACCGGCUUACACCUCAGCAGCAUAUUUAUGCUUAUCCACAACAAAUGCAUACACCUCCAGUGCAAAAUCCACCUGCCUGUAUGUUCUCUCAAGAAAUGUAUGGUCCUCCAUUGCGUUUUGAUUCUCCUGCAACUGGAAUUCUGUCACCACGAGAUGAUUACUUUAAUUAUAAUGUUCAACAGGCAAGCACAAAUCCACCUUUGCCUGAACCUGGUUAUUUCACAAAACCUCCAGUUGUACCUCAUCCUUCAAAAUCUUCAGAAUCCAGGGUUAUAGAAUUUGGGAAAUCUAACUUUGGACAGCCUAUGCCAGGUGAAGGAGUGAGGCAACCUUUAACAACAUCGGCACAAGCAGCACAGCCAACUACCUUUAAAUUUAACUCCAAUUUUAAAUCCAAUGAUGGUGACUUUACAUUUUCAUCACCUGAAGUUGUGGGGCACCCUCCUCCUGCAGCUUUUGGUAACAGUGAGAGCCUCCUAGGUCUCCUAACUUCAGAUAAACCUUCACACGAUGAUGGCUACGGUGGAACAAAACCAGUUCCUAGUCAGACAGGUGCACCAAGGAAUACGUUCAGUUUUGGUAGCAAAAAUAUUUCUAAUGUUUCAUUUACAGAAGGCGUGGGACACAGUCAAUGUAAAAAUUCUCUUUUUGGUCGUAAUGAUGACGUGUUUACUUUCCAAAGUCCAGGCAAAACAGUGUUUGGGACACCAACUCCAGACUUAGCAAAUAAGAGUCACGAAACAGAUGGAGGAAGUGCCCAUGGAGAUGAUGAUGAUGAUGGCCCUCACUUUGAACCAGUAGUUCCACUUCCUGAUAAGAUAGAAGUGAAAACUGGUGAGGAAGAUGAAGAAGAAUUCUUUUGUAAUCGUGCAAAAUUAUUCCGCUUUGAUGCAGAAUCUAAAGAAUGGAAGGAGCGAGGCAUUGGCAAUGUGAAGAUAUUGAGGCAUAAAACAUCUGGCAAAAUUCGUCUUCUCAUGAGACGAGAGCAAGUACUCAAAAUAUGUGCAAAUCAUUAUAUAAAUCCAGAUAUGAAACUGACACCCAAUGCUGGCUCAGAUAAAUCAUUUGUAUGGCACGCUCUUGACUAUGCAGAUGAAUCACCAAAGCCAGAGCAACUUGCUAUUAAGUUUAAAACUCCAGAGGAGGCAGCUCAUUUCAAACGUAAGUUUGAAGAGGCCCAGGAAAUCUUAAGAACUGCAGCUUCAAAUAUUUCCACAGCAAAUCAAAGUGUUAGAGUUUUGAAAGACACCAAGAACCAGGAUAGCAAGGAUACUGGAAAACCUGACUCAGGACAUCCAAAUUUUGGUUUCCAAAUGUCAAGGAAAGAUGGGCUAUGGGAUUGUAACAGUUGCUCAGUAAAGAAUGUUGCAACAGCAAAGAAAUGUGUAUCAUGCAAAAACCUAAAUCCAAAUAACAAAGAGCCUUUGGGCCCACCAUUAGUUGAAAACACUUCAGCUUUUAAGCCUGGCACAGAAAAGACUCAAGAAGGAUUUGGAUUGAUUGCUAAGAAAGAGGAUCACUGGGAUUGCAGUGUGUGUUUAGUGAGGAAUGAACCGACAGUAUCUAAGUGUAUAGCCUGCCAAAAUACAAACACGUCGAAUAAAAGUGUUCCAUCCUUUAGUCAGCAAACUUCCUUCAAGUUUGGCCAGGGAGAACUUUCUAAGCCUGUUACCAGUGAUUUGGGAACUCUGUUUCCUAAGAAGGAUGGACAGUGGAAUUGCAGUGUGUGUCUGGUGCAGAAUGAAGCAAAUGCUAAAAAGUGUAUUGCUUGUCAGAAUCCAAAUUCACAAAGUCAACCCAGUUCCAAGAUUCUAGCACCUCCUGCUUUGAAGCUUAGUACUCCAGAGACCAGCAAGUCUACUAAGGGUGGAUUUGAGGGAAUGUUUACUAAGAAGGAAGGACAAUGGGACUGUAGUGUUUGCUUAGUACGAAAUGAAAGCUCUUCCUUGAAAUGUGUGGCCUGUGAAGCACCAAAUCCAGUCGAUAAAGCAGAAGCUUCUUCAGAUUUUACAUUUGGCUUCAAAAGUAAAUUAUCUGAACCUUCUGGGAGUCAGAUGGCAACUGGCUUUAAGUGUGACUUUUCAGAAAAAGCUUUUAAAUUUGGCAGUGCAGAACAGGGUUUUAAAUUUGGUCAUGUUGAGCAAGGAAGCUCACCUUCUUCCUUCACAUUUCAGGUUCCCUCUAGUACGGAAGCUAAACCCACAAAAGAAGGAUUUAGUUUUACUAUGCCUGCAUCUGCUGGUGGAUUUAAAUUUGGCAUACAGGAAUCUGGUGAUCAAAAAGGUAAUGAGAAGUCCAUUGAAGAAGAUGCUGCUUUCAAGUCUCAUGAUGUUAAUAACAAACAAGAUAGUAGUGAUUUAGUGUUUGGACACAGUAGUAGCAAUUUCACUUUUGCUGACCUCGCAAAGUCAGGGGAAGGAUUUCAGUUUGGCAAAAAAGAUCCAAAUUUUAAAGGAUUUUCAGGUGCAGGGGAAAAACUUUUUUCAUCACAGAGUGCUAAAGUGUCCUCUCCUAAGGCCAAUACAUCAUCAGACCUUGAGAAAGAUGAUGAUGCAUAUAAGACUGAGGACAAUGAUGAUAUCCAUUUCGAACCUGUAGUUCAGAUGCCUGAAAAAGUGGAGCUUGUUACAGGAGAAGAAGAUGAAAAGGUUCUGUAUUCGCAAAGGGUGAAGUUAUUUAGAUUUGAUGCAGAGAUAAGUCAGUGGAAAGAAAGGGGCCUAGGAAAUUUAAAGAUUCUUAAAAAUGAAGUCAAUGGCAAACUAAGAAUGCUGAUGCGACGAGAACAAGUACUCAAAGUGUGUGCUAAUCAUUGGAUCACUACUACAAUGAACCUUAAACCUUUAUCUGGGUCAGACAGAGCAUGGAUGUGGCUAGCCAGUGAUUUUUCUGAUGGAGAUGCUAAACUGGAACAGUUAGCAGCUAAGUUUAAAACACCAGAGCUGGCUGAAGAAUUCAAACAGAAAUUUGAAGAAUGCCAGAGACUUUUAUUAGACAUACCACUUCAGACGCCUCAUAAACUUGUCGAUACCGGCAGAGCUGCCAAACUAAUACAGAGAGCUGAAGAAAUGAAAAGUGGACUCAAAGAUCUCAAAACGUUUUUGACGAAUGACAAAAAGCUCACUGAGGAAGAGAAUAACAGUUCAAGCUUAGCAGUGAGUACUUCUGACUUAACAGUAAAACCACAUGCUGAAACUACUGGACCUUCAUUAGAAUGGGAUAACUAUGACUUAAGAGAGGAUGCUUUGGAUGAUAGUGUAAGUAGUAGUUCGGUAUAUGCAUCUCCAUUAUCAAAUAGUCCUGUGAGAAAAAAUCUCUUCCGCUUUGGUGAUUCAACAACAGGAUUUAAUUUCAGUUUUAAGUCUGCUUUGAGUCCAUCCAAAUCCCCUGCCAAGUUGAAUCAGAGUGGGACUUCUGUUGGCACUGAUGAAGAGUCUGAUGUUACCCAAGAAGAGGAGAAAGAUGGACAGUAUUUUGAGCCGGUCGUACCAUUACCUGAUCUGGUAGAAGUGUCCAGUGGUGAGGAAAAUGAGCAAGUUAUCUUUAGUCAUCGAGCCAAACUCUAUAGAUAUGACAAAGAUGCUGGCCAGUGGAAGGAAAGAGGAAUAGGUGACAUAAAGAUUUUGCAGAAUUAUGAUAAUAAACAUGUACGAAUAGUGAUGCGAAGAGACCAAGUAUUAAAACUGUGUGCCAAUCAUAGAGUAACACCAGACAUGACUUUGCAAAACAUGAAAGGGACAGAAAGAGUUUGGGUUUGGACUGCGUGUGACUUUGCUGAUGGAGAAAGAAAAGUAGAACAAUUAGCUGUCCGUUUUAAACUACAGGAUGUUGCAGAUGCAUUCAAGCAAAUUUUUGAUGAAGCAAAACAGGCCCAAGAAAAAGAUAUCUUGCUAAUGCCACACUUUUCCCGUGCUGCCACUCCUCGAGAAUUCGCAUGUGGUAAAAUUGCGGUAGCUGUAUUAGAAGAAACCACAAGGGAGAGAACAGAUUUAAACCAGGGUUCUGAUACAACAGAUACAGUUGUAGAAGUUGGAGAAGUAUGUAGCACUUCUGAAACACCAACAAAAGCAGUUGUUUCUCCUCCAAAGUUUGUUUUUGGCUCUGAAUCUGUUAAAAGCAUUUUUAGUAGUGAGAAAGCAAAACCAUUUGCAUUUGGCAACAGUUCAACUACAGGUUCUUUAUUUGGAUUCAGCUUUAAUGCACCUUUGAAAAAUAAAAGUGGGGAAGAUGUUUCAGAUGAGAUUGAAAGAAAAUCAGAACCUAGUAAAUGUGAAGCACAGAAGAGCUCAAACAUCAAGCCAUUUGCAGAAAGCAAAGCAGAAAAGCCCUUGACUCCUUUUCCAAAGGAAGAGCCCUCGACUAAUUAUGCAUUUAAAACAUUAGAAAAGGGAUUUAAUUUUAGUCUUUUUAAAUCUAAUCCAAUGGCCUUUUGGACCAGUACCCCCUCCUCACAGCCUGAGAGCAAAGCUGAGAUAAAGAAGGAACCAGAAGAACUUUCCACAGAUGAUGUACUCAUUGUAUAUGAACUAACUCCUACUCCUGAACAAAAAGAUCUUGCUAUCAGUCUUAAACUUCCUCCAACUUUUUUCUGCUAUAAGAAUAGACCAGAUUACAUUAGUGAGGAAGAAGAUGAUGAUGAAGAUUUUGAAUCAGCUGUCAAGAAACUUAAUGGAAAGUUGUAUCCAGAUGACCCAGAUGAAUGUAAAGGAUCCCAAGAAUUUGUAACAGGAGAAGUUGUUCCAGACCAUGAUAAAGAAUGUGUGAUUGUCUGGGAAAAGCAACCAACAUCUGAAGAAAAAGCAAAAGCAGAAACUCUAAAACUUCCUCCAACUUUUUUCUGUGGUGUUUGCAGUGAUACUGAUGAGGAUAAUAGCCAUCCAGAGGACUUUAACUCAGAGGUUCAAAAAGUCCAGGAAGCAAAAAAAUUGCUUGAUGAUGAUGAGGUUACAAGUUCAACUGAUACAGCAUCUACUGGAGGGACUAAAGUUCCUGCUUCAUUCGUAUGUAAAUCUGAAGAGCCUGACUCCACUACUGAAUCUUCCGAUGCAGCGCACAAUUCAUCUGGGGCUAAUGACAAACCUGUAGACUUAUCUAAUAAAAAAGAAGAUGAGGCAGAUUCCACAAGCCAAGAAGUAGAAAGAACAGUGUCAUUUGGAUUUGGUACUAACACGGGAUUGUCGUUUGCGGAUUUGGCUUCUAGUAAUUCUGGAGAUUUUGCUUUUGGUUCAAAAGAUAAAAAUUUCCAGUGGGCAAAUACUGGAGCAGCUGUGUUUGGGAGGCAAGCAACCCGUAAAAGUGGAGAAGAUGAAGAAGGUAGUGAUGAAGAAGUUGUACAUAAUGAAGAUAUACAUUUUGAGCCAAUUGUUUCUUUACCAGAGGUGGAAGUGAAAUCUGGAGAAGAAGAUGAAGAAGUUUUGUUUAAAGAAAGAGCCAAACUUUACAGGUGGGACAGAGAUGUUCUUCAGUGGAAAGAACGGGGCGUUGGAGAGAUAAAGAUCCUUUUCCAUACAAUGAAGAACUAUUAUCGAAUCCUUAUGAGAAGAGACCAAGUUUUAAAAGUUUGUGCAAAUCAUGUUAUUACCAAAGCAAUGGAAUUAAAACCAUUAAAUGUUUCAAAUAAUGCUUUAGUUUGGACUGCUACAGACUAUGCAGAUGGAGAAGCAAAAGUUGAACAACUUGCAGUCAGAUUUAAAACUAAAGAAAUGUCAGAUUCUUUUAAGAAGAAAUUUGAAGAAUGUCAGGAUAAUUUAUCAAAACUGCAGAAGGGACAAGUAUCACUUGUAGGAGAGUUGUCACAGGAAACAAAUCCUGUGGUAUUUUUUGAAAUAUUUGCUGAUGAUGAACCUCUGGGACGUAUCACUAUGGAACUAUUCUCAAAUGUUGUGCCUCAAACUGCUGAGAACUUCAGGGCACUGUGCACAGGAGAAAGGGGCUUUGGUUACAGGAACUCAAUUUUUCACCGUGUAAUUCCAGAUUUUGUUUGCCAUGGAGGAGAUAUCACCAAACACGAUGGAACAGGAGGACGGUCUAUUUAUGGGAACACAUUUGAAGAUGAAAACUUUACAGUGAGACAUACUACACCUGGCUUAUUGUCAAUGGCUAAUCGUGGCCAACACACCAAUAAUUCUCAAUUUUUUAUCCUUCUGAAGAAAGCAGAACAUUUGGACUUUAAGCAUGUAGUAUUUGGAUUUGUUAAAGACGGCAUGGAUACUGUGAAAAAGAUUGAAUCAUUUGGUUCUCCUAAUGGUUUGGUGAGCAAAAGAAUUAUGAUCACAGAGUGUGGACAAAUAUAAAAAUCCCUGCUUUUUCAUAGCAAACUUUUAUCCUUGUAAACAGUUAAAUUGAGGCUUAGCUGUUCUCAACAAU